UAAAUUUAUUAAAAAAUAUAUUUUAUUUAUAUUUUAUAUAAUUAUAAUAUAAUAAAAUAAACCUUUUAAUAAAACGUUUUAAAAAUCGGAUAUAUAAAAACGUUACGCCUUACGAAACCAUUCCCCGGAUAGAACUGUUCCCUAAAACCCCUCACCUCUGCUAUGGUAGGUAUACUAUCUGUCUCACAAUAUUUAACCAAGUCAUCAAGUAAAGAACACCUCAAGUACCUCGGUCGUUAAGACUUACAUAUAUAUGAUACUCUUAGCUACCUCAUUCACAAGGCUUGGUUGGUAUGAAAUAUGCUUACGCUUGUGGUAUGCUUCCACAUUAACGCAUCACAGGCCAAAGAGGAGUAGGAUCGAACCAAACAAAUACGAUCAAGGCAAAUAACAGACACUGGUUAAAAUGCCUCAAAACGUUUACGACCGACAAGACUUCUUCGAGAACUAUAUCAAGCUAGAUCGCCAAGUUAGAGGGCUCCAAGGUGCACCGGAAUGGCCGCAACUAAAAUCAAUGCUUCCGAAUCUUAAUGGUCUCACCGUGCUUGACCUAGGCUGUGGGUUUGGUUGGUUCUCUCGGUUUGCGAGAGAGAGCGGCGCAGAAUCUGUUCGCGCGAUUGAUAUCUCUGAAAAUAUGCUUGAAAGAGCUCGAGAAAUGACUACCGACGACAAGAUCCAAUACGAAAGGGCUAAUUUGGAAGAGCUAAGAUUGGCGGCAAGUCAAUACGAUGUCGUCUUUAGCUCACUUGCUUUUCACUAUAUCGUGAACAUUGCUGGUUUGAUUAAAGAGAUUGGUAUCGGACUGAAGUCGUCGGGACGCUUAGUAUGUUCCAUCGAGCACCCGAUAUAUACAGCGCCGUCAAGACCUAGAUUUAUAGUGGAUGAAGAGACGGGUAGCAAGUCAUGGCCGUUAGAUGACUAUCAAAAAGAAGGAUUGAGAACGACUGAUUGGUUGGCGCCAGGGAUCCAGAAGCAGCAUAGAACGAUCGGAACCUAUAUUAGUAUCAUGCUGAGAAAUCAUCUUCAGCUCACGGAUUUUAUAGAAUGGUGUCCAACAGAAGAGGAAUUAAAACGGUUUCCUACAAGAGAGAGCGAGGUAGUAAGGCCUACGUUUCUGUUACUAGGUGCAACAAAGUGACCUUGUAGGUUAGGUAUAAAGGGAACAACUAUGUAUUCAAUAGAAAGGAACAAGGGAUUAUGUUCAAUACCUAUGGACCUAAGCAUUGCUUUGCGCCAGCUGUAAGUAGGUGACGGUAGGUGACACCAACUGUGAUUAGAUCGAAUAAGCGGCUAAAGAUCGGUAUAACUUAAGUAC